CCACUUUCGCAAAAGCCUUUCAAAAUGUACCAUUUCUCAAUUGCACGCGCUCGACCAUGGACGAAAAUACCCCUGAUUGGGAUAGAGAGGCUGUGUCAGAGACGGAGACAGCUUCUAUCGGCGCUUCCAAAGAAGGAGCAGGGCAUCAAUUAAUGCUGCACGGUUACAUGUGGUAGAUAAUUGAUUUUAAUUAAUAGAAAUGAUAAUAGAGUAGGGUUAGGCCAUUAAUUGCUCUCUUAAUAUAUCAGACAAAAGAGCUUUGUAGAUCUGAAAAAACUGGAAAUCUGGGGAGAAAACUCUGAUGCUGGGCGAAAUUGGAGUUCUGCUUGAAGAAGGGUGCAUUUAAAGCUAAAGAAGGUACGGAUGGACGAAGGAGUAAUGAUAUUGGUCGGUUGCUGGGAAUGCAAAGAAAGUGGAGAGUGGCGAUUCAAGAUGUCGGCAAAGAAAUAUGCAAAGUGUGUAGACGUAAGCGCAGGAGAUACGAUUGCUGAUGUUGAGCAGAAAAUUGCCGCAGCGUUUGGAGUAGACAGAAGAAGGACAAAAAUGGAGCUGAGUUUUUGGUUCGAAGGAGGAGACACUGUCUACACGCAGCAAAAGAUGCCGCCAGUCUCUGUUGACAGCGAGAGUUCAUUGUCGAAAUUCAAAAAGGUAAGAAUAGAAAAGGGAGGUAUGAACAUGUAUCUAUGUUUAGAAGAAGACGAUGAAGAUGUGUCAAAUCUCGGGGGACAAGACGAUUGUCGGGGACAAGAAAUGGCGGGACAGCACAGAGGUGAGAGUGAAAGCACGCAGAUAAUUCCUGUAACUUUUGAGGAAGAGGACUUUUUAGAGGAAAUAUAUGCGUUUGAAGAAUCUUAUAAAAGGAAGGAAGCUGUGCUGCAAAAGGGAAAAGCUAAGCGGGGACGAGAAGAGGAACUGGUGGUAGCAUUGGGCACGGAUAGUGGAGGAUGGGCAUCCGAGUCGGAAGACAACAUGUUAAGUGAGGGAGAAGAUUCAGGCGACUAUGACUUUGAUAAUAUGAGGGAGUUGAUCGAUAGGGAGUACCCGCCGGAUUGGGAUCCUUGGAAGGAUUCGAGGAAGAAAGCAUUGACAAUUGCAGACGGAUCGCCGCGGGGACAAAAUGGUAGAGUGGAGGACGAUAUAUAUUCCGGUAUGGAGGACGAGAUAUACGAGGACGAUAUGUAUGUGGGGGACGAAAGUGUGGAUGCACAAGGAGGACAAACCCAGCCAAACCCAGCCAAUACUAGUCGAUGUCGAGGUUAA